AUGGUACUCUUAGACUAUCUGCAACAUCGUCGAGCUUGCCAAUUCAAGCAAGAAGAGAGGACAUCUCGCAUCAAAGGACUUACGUCAUACCGUGCUCCUGUUAUUGCGUUGGACCGAGACAUCAUCAACAGUUCAAUCGAGGAAUUGGUGGAAGAAGUCCAAGAUGACCCAAGCAAGGCUGGAGACUAUCUCCACACGUAUGGAAAGAUUGCUCUCAAGGCGCAUAGGAAAACCAACUGUCUAACAGAAGUCAUGCUCUCCUCUGCCGAGAAGUGGCUGACAGAUGGAUCAAUCAACUUUGAGGGACCUCUUGCGGGCAUUCCGGUUAGUUUGAAGGAUACUGUUGAAGUUAAGGGAUACGACAGCACCGUAGGCAUGAGCACGCAUGCCGGAAAGCCAUUGGCAAGAGAUGGUGCUAUGGUCAGGAUACUCAAAGACGCUGGCGCCGUGCCAUACGUUAAAACCAACAUCCCCAUCACUCUUCUCAGUUUCGAGUCAUCUAAUGAUGUAUGGGGCCAGACGUCAAAUCCAUAUAACAAGAACUACACAGCUGGCGGUUCAACAGGAGGUGAGGGUGCCCUGUUAGCACUUGGUGGUCGAAUCGGAAUUGGCAGCGAUGUUGCUGGAAGUGUUCGCUGCCCUGCUCACUUCUCAGGAUGUUACGCUCUCAAGUGCUCUACUGGGAGGUGGCUCAAGACGGGCGUGGUUACGAGUAUGCCGGGCCAGGACGGUGUUCCGGCAGUCUACAGCCCCAUGGCACGCACGCUCAACGACUUGACUUACUUCACAAGGUCAAUUAUCCAAAUGGAACCUUGGACCUAUGAUUACUCUUGCCACCCAAUCCCGUGGAGGACUGAAAUCGAGGAGGAAUAUUUGGACAAGACAACGCUACGCGUGGGGAUCCUUAGGACGGAUGGUGUCGUGGACCCUAGUCCUGCCUGCCAAAGAGCCCUGGAGAUGACCGAGGCCGCUCUGCUAGAAGCCGGCCAUGAGAUUGUUGAAAUCGACCCUCCUUCUCCCUACGAAGCCCUAUGCCUAGCUUCUAUUCUUCUCUGCAGCGACGGUCUUCAAACUGUCAAGUCAUUCUUCCGCUCUGGUGAAUGGAACGACCGAGGCGCCGCUCAGAUGUCCUUAUACUUUAACCUCCCUCGACCGAUUCGAUACCUACAUUACCUCUGGGUUAAAUACGUUCGAAAAGAUCCUAUCUGGGCUGGACUUAUACAGAACUGGCACCCUCAAUCUGGAUACGAGAUCUGGCAACUCAACGCUAAGCGUGAGCUUUACAAGAGGAGAUGGUACGACUGGUGGGAUAAAUCUGGAGUUGAUUGCUUGAUUGCCCCUCCAAAUGCGACUCCGGCCGUUCCUCACAGGGGCAUGCAUGAUGCCUGCAGUAGCUGCGGCUACACCUUCAUGUUCAACCUGCUCGAUUACACGGCCGGUGUUCUGCCCGUUACACACGUUGACAAGGACCAGGAUCAACUACCAAAAGACUUCAAUUUCAAGAAACUCAACGGUGUCGCACAAGGCGCGUACAAGUUGUACGAUGCGACCGCCAUGCAUGGGUUACCUGUAGGUGUUCAAGUGAUCGGCCGUCGACUGGAAGAGGAGAAGGUGUUGGCGAUCAUGGAGAGAAUAGAGGAUGCACUAGGAGAGGAUAAGUUUCCGUUGCUUGAACUAGACUAA